CUCUGAAACCUGCCUCACUCCCACCUGUUUGCCUCAGCACGCCCCCUCACUCACUGUUUAUAACCAACCUGCAGCCACCGAGAAGCACGGGAAGAGAAGGAGAGAGUUUGUGUGUAGAAGAGAGAAAAACGCAGUACAGGUCACUCUCCGAGGACACAGGUAAAUUAGCCACAUUCGCUCUCCAUCACCCCAGUGAAGGCAGAAUAAUUCAUCAAGAAUGGGUUGCUUCGGAUUUCUGAAAGUCAUGAUGUUUGUCUUUAAUGGCAUCAUCUUUUUGGCGGGCGCUGCCAUCCUGGGCGUGGGGAUCUGGGUGAAGGUGGACAGCGGCUCGAUCCUGGGGUUCCUCAAGGGUAUAAAAGACGCUCCGGCGGAGAUGAACCAGAUCCUAAAUGUGGGCUACCUGUUGAUUGCUGUGGGGGCCGUGCUGCUGAGCGUAGGUUUCCUGGGCUGCUGUGGCGCCAUGAAGGAGAGCAGGUGUAUGCUGCUCAUGUUCUUUGUGAUUGUGUUGGUGGUGUUCAUUGCAGAGGUGGCUGGAGCAGUAGUUAUCCUGGUGUUUAAACCCUUGGCAGGUCAGUUGAUUGAGAAACUGGGAACCAAAGUGGUUCAGAACAUUAGGAAGGACUAUGGAGAAAAUUCAGACGUCACCGCUCUCUGGAAUGCUACUAUGGAUACGCUAAAGUGCUGUGGAUUCUACAACUAUACAGACUUCACUGACUCUCCAUUUGAAAAAUACACCCAUCUCUAUCCUCAACAGUGCUGCCACAGUGCUGAUUUCAGCUCUUGUGAUGAUACAAGUGCUACAAUCAUCGGCUGCUUCCCAAAGCUUAUGCAACUGAUUGAUAAAAACACUAUUGUCAUUGUGGCAGUGGCAUUGGGGAUCGCUGCCCUUGAGAUAUUGGCGAUGGUUGUCUCCAUGACUUUGUACUGCAUAAUAGGCUCAAAGAGUGACUGAAAACCAAUGGAGGAGGGAGGGCCAUAGAAACACCUGCCUGGAUGGCAUCUCUGGACCCUCCUUAUGACAACUACAGGGAUGGAUGCAUAAGAAUCUCUGAAAUCACCAAGGCUGAAGAGAAAUCUAAGGAAGCUUUGUGAUAAGGAGAGGCGCCCCACCACUGAGCCCGUUUAAAUUAAAUCCUGUUCAAGAUUAUUGGAUAUGGGAAAUGUCUAUUUGUAUUGAAAUCUUUUAUUGUAUUGUAAACAUAGUUCACCUGAAAAUGAUGCAGUCUUACAUUUAGAUUGCAGCAAUACAUUGCGUCCUAUGUCCAGUCCACUCUGCACAGUAUCAUCAAGGUUUUUAUUAAAAUAACAAUAUCAAUUCACUGUCAGGAAAUAUAUAUGUGCCACUUUUUAUAAUUUUAUUAAUUGAUUUUCUACAGAUGCUACAUGCUCUGGAGAAUGACUAAAAAGGUUGCAACUUGCAACGCUCUGAAAAUAAGUUUAACUGAUUUAUUGCAUUGUAACAAUUGUAUAAUGGCAAUGUUUUUAAAAUACGUUUAACUCACGUUUUGGUAUCAAAGGCACACAUCUUUUCUAGUCCAAGUUCUCUCUAAAAUAGUUACAUCUGUGUGGUGUCUACCUGCUGUUGGAAAUUCUGUCUUUAGUGUCUUCAGAAAGGAUGCAAAACGGAGAUUCACCACAGAACAGAGUUACUAAACCCAGAGGCGCAGCAUUUGCGAGACUUCCGGGAACGCUUGCGAAACAGUCAACCGACCAGGCCGGGGUUUGUGGUUUAAAAAGUUAAUGAGAUAAAUGAAAUAUAAAGGCACAACGUAGAUUCGAGGCAAUGUGUUAAGUAGUUGAACAUGUUAUUACUCCAACCUCGUGAAAGUGACAAACUGACACGUUUUCAUUUUCGUCAAAAAACUAAGGAGUGCAUUUGAUUUUGACGGCCUGCACAUGCGCAUUUCGGUGCGAGACGACCGUUAGAGCCGAUGACGUUUUCUAUGCAUGAGUUUAGCUCGCAAGGUCGCCAUGACAUGAAUUCAUCCUAUUUCUUUAGACUUGAGAAAUUUCACUCUAAAAAUAACACUAUCCAUAAGUUAAACAUUGAUGGUGUUAUUACAGAUGACCAAACAUGAAUCGCUAAAUACUGUAGCAAUUUUUACAGAAAAUUGUAUAGCUCUACGUACUGUCAGGAAUCCACAGAUAUGUUUUUUAACUCACUGAAUAAUGUUCACUCUAUC